AUGCCUGAGCAUCGUCUGAACCUGGACGUCUGGGCUCAUGGUGGCCAGGAUAACCCUUCGACCGUCCUGGUACCGAAGGCAGCUCGGUCUCUGCUGCAGGACGGCUUGGAAGCCGCUGGAAUUGGCUACACACUUGCAGUAGAAAAUGUUAAAGAGGAAUUGGACUUGGAAGAGAAGCUGUUGUCUGAAGCGGCAGCCAAAAGCAACAGGACUAGUAGAUUUGGCCUAUCCUUCGAUACAAUCCAUAGAUAUGCUGCUGUUGACACUUACCUAGUCGAACUUGCAAAUAGGUAUCCUAAUCUCGUGACAGUGGUGUCUGCGGGAAGAAGCUUUGAAGGUCGUGAUAUCAAAUAUUUGAGGAUCUCUACCACAAACUUCCAGGACAGGAGCAAACCCAUAGUCUACAUGCAAUCUCUGCUCCAUGCUUGUGAAUGGGUCACACUGCCUGCCACUCUAUACGCCAUUGAGAAACUGGUCAUAGACGUUCAGGAGCAGGAUCUUCUGCACAAUUAUCAAUUGUGUCUGAAGAUAUUGUGGUUUGAUAAUGUAAGACCCAGCCCGUGGGGUAUUGGUGAGGGCUAUCGACGGAAACGCUGA